AUGGACAAGCCACCAGAUAAACUCGCUCCUGUGGCCCCACAGAUUUCUGACAAACCAGUUAAAUCUGAUGCUGAAUCAGGACAUAAUGCUGCUGUCAAAGUAAUUUCUGAAUUGCUCAAGUCAAGUCUUCUACAUUUUGCUCUUGAUGAAGUAAAACCUGAGAAGGUUGGUUUGUCAAACAUAUUGGAAGACAUUGUGGGAACUCUUAAAGACAGGAAAGAGCUUUCCUACCUCUUUCAAAAGCCAGUGUCGAAGAAGGAAGCUCCUGACUAUUUUGAUAUCAUUGAACACCCUAUGGAUUUGUCCAAAAUGAGGGACAAAGUGAGGAGGUUGGAGUACAAGAGCCGAGAAGAGUUCAGGCACGAUAUGUAUCAGAUUGCGUACAAUGCUCAUCGGUGCAAUGAUCGGUGGAACCCAGUACCAAAAAACUCUUCAAAUAUUCCAAGAUCCUACUUUUCGAUCAAAGAUCUGGUAUCAAUCUGUGAAAAUUACAAAUUGGAUAUAGGAGUGAACAAUAUGCCGUGGCUGAGUUACGUUAUCUCCUUGAAUUUGUACUGCAGGAAUUUGAAGUUUGUUCAAGGUUCAAAAGAAGUUAUGGUGUGCCAAGGAGCAAGCCAGACGAGAUUUAAGGCAUUAAAACAUGAAAAUGGGAUUUCUGGGAGAACAACCAUUAUAGUUAGAGUUAUAGCAUGCUUUCAACCUUUGCAGAUUUGCCAGGCCGAAUAUUUCCUUACUAAUUUACGGGUGAAACCCGAGCAUUAUCCUGGUUGUUUUGGCUGGAUGGUUACAUCCAGAGAGUUACAGACUCGUCAGCACUUUUCUGCAUGGAAUUUUCCAUUGCCCACUUUGGACUGCAUGGCACUAACGCAGUCAGGGCAAGUCUAUAGUUCGCCGUGUCCUCCUCGUUCUUCCAGAUUUUCUGUCGGCAUGGAUUUUUCACCAUGUUCAGUUUCUGGUUUACCUGAUUUGAACUCGGUACAACUGAAUGAAGUUGAUGGGUUCUUCAAAGGUCUACCUCCUCUUUGGGAGAGUUCAUCUCCAUCCAUACAUCCACAUUCGAAAGAUUCUCAAUGUGCUGUACCCCAUGGACUCGGGGUUAGUGCUAGCAUAAUUGAUGCUUCUCACACUUGUCUGAAAAGGUUCCUCGUUGUUGAUCAGUCUGGGAAUCACACAAGAUUGUUCUUUAACCCUUUUCCCCCUUCUCAAAAUCAGAUUGUUUCUUCUAAGACUCAUCCUGGUGUUCAUGCCUCAUGGUUAAAGAGUACGGAUCCACUGUUGAUAAUCGAUAAAGCUAUCGAUUACUUGAAAUCCUUGAAAUACGAGGCCGAAUCCCCCAAAGUUAGCUACCCUCAAGUUUUUAAUGGUGCUGUUGGUUGA